AUGACUUUGGUCGAUAUAAACCAGUGUACAGUUAGGACUUUAAUCUCCAAAGUUGGUUUACCACUUGAUUUGGCUCGCAACAUUGUCAUGUACAAAAGAAAACGAAGAUGCCGUCCUGCCAUAGCUCAUAUGGACGAACUGUGGAAAAUCCCAGGUAUGAAUUGUAAGUUUUUUGAGAUGUUAAUGAAGCAUUACAAAUCAAGUAACUCGUCUAUAACAUCAUCUACUACUUCCUUUAUGAUGCCUGCAGUUAUCGAUUCGAAAAAGAAUGUUAGUGUGCCUAGUGAGAUGAUGAAAGAGGACGAAUGUCAUAGAAUGACAACACGGCAGUCGACAAAACGGAAAAUGUCGAACUCGCCGAAUAGGAUAGGGCCAUAUAAGAGAAAAAAGUCACGGAAAAGGACAAAGUUGCGGAAGAAACGCCCUGUGUCGAAACCCACUGCUAAAAUUUAUCCGAUCAGUCAAACAAACACGAACGACAACAGUCACAAGGAGGUGAGCGGAGUGCACUCCCUUGCGUUGAACCCUGUAUCGGUAUGCACCUCGAAGUCUCGUAACAGGCUUUUCGUGACCUACAAACCUGGUCUGUCGGAGCCCUUCGCCCUUCUGUCAAACUUAGAAUCAUGUAAGACGUCGGCACCGGAAGAGCCACUGCUACCUCCAUCAUCACCUGCAAAAUCUCAGAGAAGCCACAGAUCAAUUAAGUCUGCGAAAUCUCCCGGAACAAGGAGAUCAAAGACUCCUCAAAAUUCCAACAGCUCUAACAAGUGGGGUGCACAAACGGCGCAUCGAUACUUCGUGAACGACCUGAUCACUGCGCCCGACGCCAACGAAUCGGAGAAAAGAAAGUUUGUAGAAGCUUGGAUAUCCGAAGUCGAAACUAGCAGCCCUCACAAACGUCACAAAACUGACGGAUCGCGAUCACGAACACUAACACGAACGCGAACGCGAACGCGAUCGCGAUCGCAAUCGCCAUCACCCGAAGGUUCAGAUAAAAAUGAAAUUAGAAGUCCUGCCAUGCGAUCGCUAUCACCCGCACGUUCAAAUAAAAUUGAACAUAAAAGCCAUGACAAGCGAUCGCCAUCACCCGUACGUUCAAAUAAAAAUGAAAUUAGAAGUCCAGCCAAGCAAUCGCCAUCACCCGUACGUUCAAAUAAAAUUGAACAUAGAAGCCAUGACAAGCGAUCGCCAUCACCCGCACGUUCAAAUAAAAUUGAACAUAGACGCCAUGACAAGCGAUCGCCAUCACCCGCAUGUUCAAAUAAAAAUGAACAUCGAAGCCAUGACAAGCGAUCGCCAUCACCUGCACAUUCAAAUAAAAAUGAACAUCGAAGCCAUGCCAGGCGAUCACUAUCACCCGCAAUUCCAAAUAAAACUGAAUCGAGAAGACAGCAUAUUGUGGAGGACAAACAGGUGCCAGGGACGAGUGGAGAAAACUACCACAGGGCUAGGUCUUCCAGGUCACCGAAAGCCAAAUCGCCCCCGCCACCAAAAGCGUCCAUGUUGCCCGCUUCACCACCAUCGUCCAAGCAAUCGGUGUCAUCGGAGAGUCAGAAGACGAUGUAUGUGAAGUCCAGGACCGUGGACCAAGAACCGUCGGACAAAAAUAUUCAGGACCAGAGGAAUCGAAGGCAUCAGAAACAUCAUAAGGAAAAGAAGCACGAGAAGCUUCAAAAAUAUCAGAAGGAUGAAGAGUAUAAGAAGGACGAGGAGUAUCAGAAGGAUGAGGAAUAUCAGAAGGAGUAUCAGAAGGAUGAGGAGUAUCGGAAGGAUGAGGAGUAUCAGAAGGACGGGGAGCAUCGGAAGGAUGAGGAGCAAGAGAAGGAUGAGGAGCACGAGAAGCAUGAGGAGCACGAGAAGCAUGGGAAGCACCACAAGAAGCACCACAAACGUAAGCACUCCCACCAUGACCAGCACCACCAGAAACACAAGAACAGAGUGCGAUUCGACAGCAACGUCAACGGUCGGUCCUACAAGGUGGACCAGCUCAUCCCGACUCCGAAAGACGACGUGCCGCUCAUUAACAAGUCCACGGUGAAGGACUCGGGACCGAUGGUAUACCCGACAGAGCGCGACCUUGCCCGUCACAGGAAACGAAAGACGCGCAAGUCGCAAGGGAAAGCUAGUAGUCCCAAAGGACGCCCCAGGCGAACUCCAGCCCGACAAGGCCAGGCGCCGCCACCCUCCGCGGGAUACUGUACCAUAACGUAG